UGGGCACCUACAGUGCCAGGUCCUCUCCUCCUUCCCCAUGAAGUCCAUGGGAGGUCCUGAGGGGCAGGAGCUGCACAAGCUGGAUAAAGGAGCCUGGGACAACCCCGCCUACAGUAGUUCCCCUUCACCUCAUGGGACACCAAGGAUCUACACUGUCUCCAGUGUGGCAUCCCCCUCCAACGAGCCCCUACCCAAGAAGCCUGAAGAUGGAGUCCAGGAGAAGACACACAGCACCCUUGGGUCCAGCUGCUGCCUCCACAUCUGUCAUUGCAUCAGAGGACUCUGGGGAACAACCCUGACUGAGAACACAGCUGAGAACAGGGAACUUUAUGUGAAGACCACCCUGCGAGAGCUUCUGGUAUACAUAGUGUUCCUGGUAGACAUCUGUCUGUUGACCUAUGGAAUGACAAGUUCCAGUGCCUAUUACUACACCAAAGUGAUGUCUGAGCUCUUCCUACAUACCCCAUCAGAAACUGGAGUUUCCUUCCAGACCAUCAGCAGUAUGGCAGACUUCUGGGAUUUUGCCCAGGGCCCACUCCUGGACAGUUUGUACUGGACCAAGUGGUACAACAACCAGAGCCUGGGCCAUGGCUCACACUCAUUCAUCUACUAUGAGAACCUACUGCUGGGGGCCCCAAGGCUGCGGCAGCUGCGGGUACGCAAUGACUCUUGUGUGGUGCAUGAGGACUUCCGGGAGGACAUUUUCAGCUGCUAUGAUGUCUACUCUCCAGACAAAGAAGAGCAACUCCCCUUUGGAUCUGUCAACGGCACAGCGUGGACAUAUCACUCGCAGGAUGAGCUGGAGGGCUCCUCCCACUGGGGCAGACUCACAAGCUACAGUGGAGGCGGCUACUACCUGGACCUUCCAGGAUCCCGACAGGCCAGUGCAGAGGCACUCCGAGACCUUCAGGAGGGGCUGUGGCUGGACAGGGGCACUCGGGUGGUCUUCAUAGACUUCUCAGUCUACAAUGCCAACAUCAAUCUUUUCUGUGUUCUGAGGCUGGUAGUGGAGUUCCCAGCUACAGGAGGUGCCAUCCCAUCCUGGCAAAUCCGAACAGUUAAGCUGAUCCGCUAUGUCAGCAACUGGGACUUCUUCAUCAUUGGCUGUGAGAUCAUCUUCUGCAUCUUCAUCUUUUAUUAUGUGGUGGAGGAAGUCCUGGAGAUCCACAUGCACCGGCUUGGCUACCUCAGCAGCAUCUGGAACAUACUGGACCUGGUGGUCAUCCUGCUUUCCAUGCUGGCCGUGGGCUUCCACAUAUUCCGAACCCUCGAGGUGAAUCGGCUGAUGGGGAAGCUCUUAGAGCAGCCAAACACAUAUGCUGACUUCGAGUUCCUGGCUUUCUGGCAGACGCAGUACAACAACAUGAAUGCUGUCAACCUCUUCUUCGCCUGGAUCAAGAUAUUCAAGUACAUCAGCUUCAACAAAACUAUGACACAGCUCUCCUCUACACUGGCUCGCUGUGCCAAGGACAUCCUGGGCUUUGCCAUCAUGUUCUUCAUUGUCUUCUUUGCUUAUGCCCAGCUUGGUUACCUGCUUUUUGGAACGCAAGUGGAGAACUUUAGCACUUUCACCAAGUGCAUUUUUACUCAGUUCCGGAUAAUCCUUGGGGACUUUGACUACAAUGCUAUCAACAAUGCCAACCGAAUCCUGGGCCCUGUCUACUUCGUCACCUAUGUCUUCUUUGUCUUCUUUGUGCUCCUGAACAUGUUCCUGGCUAUCAUCAAUGACACAUACUCAGAGGUCAAGGAGGAAUUGGCUGGACAGAAGGAUGAGCUGCAGCUCUAUGACCUCCUGAAACAGGGCUACAAGAAGACUCUACUAAGGUUACGUCUAAAGAAGGAGCAGGUUUCAGAUGUGCAGAAGGUCCUUCAGGGUGGGAAGCAGGAGAUACAGUUUGAGGAUUUUACCAACACCUUGAGGGAACUGGGGCAUGAGGAGCAUGAGAUCACUGAGCUCACGGCUGCCUUCACCCGGUUUGAUCAGGAUGGGAAUCACAUUCUGGAUGAGAAGGAGCAGGAGCAAAUGCGACAAGAUCUAGAGGAAGAAAGGGUGGCCCUCAAUGCUGAGAUUGAGAACCUGGGUCGGUCCAUUGUACAUAGCCCAGCUGGUGAAUUGGGUACAGAGGCUGCCACAUCAGAAGGCUGGGUUUCUGGAGAAGAAUUCUACACGCUCACAAGAAGAGUCCUACAACUAGAGACUGCUCUGGAAGGAGUUAUAUCUCAAAUUGAUGCUGUGGAUUCAAAGCUGAAGAUGUUGGAGAGGAAAGGACAGCCAGCUUCCUCCCCAGGAGAGCAGGAGGAACAGCGGUUUGGGAACACUUGCAUCCAGCUGUAGUUGAAUUCCAGCUCCCUAGGGAGUCCGGGUGGGCACAAGAGUGGUG